CGGGGGGACCCAGCGGCGGGCGGCGGGCACAGGCCGGCGAUGGAGGAAGGGGCAGCAGACCUGCGAGAGAGAAAGAAACAAAACAGCACAGAAUCUGACAAAAUGGUUCCAGAGGAGAGAAACAAAGAAAAUUCAAAGCUGGGAAGGUCGCCAAAAUAUCUGUUAAUCCAGCGUUUUGCAAAGCUUUUCUUUGGCUGUCUGGCAGCAGUCACCAGUGGGAUGAUGUAUGCUGUGUACCUCUCUACAUAUCAUGAACGGAAAUUCUGGUUUUCCAGCAGGCAGGAACUUGAACGGGAAAUUACAUUUCAGGGUGACAGUGCCAUUUAUUACUCAUUCUAUAAAGAACUGCUAAAGGCUCCUUCCUUUGAAAGAGGUGUUUAUGAGUUGACACACAACAAUAAGACAGUAUCACUGAAGACCAUAAAUGCUGUUCAGCAAAUGACUUUGUACCCAGAGUUGAUUGCCAGUGUUUUAUAUCAAGCAUCUGGUAGCGAAGAAGUUAUUGAACCAGUGUAUUUCUACAUUGGUAUAGUUUUUGGACUGCAGGGAAUUUAUGUGACUGCAUUGUUUGUAACCAGUUGGGUUAUGAGUGGGACUUGGCUGGCAGGAAUGCUGACUGUAGCAUGGUUCAUUAUUAACAGGACAGAUACAACAAGAAUUGAUUACUCUAUACCAUCAAGAGAAAAUUGGGCUUUGCCGUAUUUUGCAUGUCAAGUAGCAGCUCUCACAGGCUAUUUAAAAAAGAACCUAAACUGUUCUGCUGAGAAGUUUUGUUAUCUUUUGGUGAAUGCCUCAACGUAUACCUUCAUGAUGAUGUGGGAAUACAGUCAUUAUCUCCUGUUUGUCCAGGCUGUUUCUCUUUUCCUGCUGGACAGCUUUGCCCUAGCACAGACAGAGAAGGUGCAUGAGGUAUACAGAAUCUACCUGUUUUCUCUCAUCGGGGGCUACCUUCUGCAGUUUGAAAAUUCAGCCUUACUAGUGUCACCAUUACUGAGUCUUGUGGUAGCUUUAAUGUUCUCCAAAUCCCUUCAGAUGAAUAUGAAAAAAAGUACCUUUGUGUCAAGAUUGUUGAAAAUAAUGUAUAUUUAUUUGGUACUUACGGUAGCAGUGACACUAAACUUCUUAUUAAAGAUGUUCAUUCCUCAUAAAGAAAAUGAGCAUUUGCUGAAGUUCAUUGAAGUAAAACUUGGCUUAAACACAACUAAGAAUUUUACAAUGAAUUGGCUCCUUUGUCAAGAAUCUCUUCAGGCACCCUCCCAAGACUUCUUUUUGCGACUAACACAGUCAUCACUGUUGCCUUUUUAUAUUUUAGUAUUAAUUAUCUGCCUUUUUUCUGUAACUCAGGUCAUUUUUAGGAGAAUUUGUGGUGAACCACUGAAAGAGACAGUUAAACUUGAGGAUGGUCGAAUUGGAGAGAGGCCAGAAAUAGUUUAUCAUGUAAUUCACACAAUUUUGCUUGGUUGUCUAGCGAUGUGUUUGGAAGGAAUGAAAUAUCUAUGGACACCUUAUGUUUGCAUGCUUGCUGCAUUUGGUGUGUGCUCUCCUGAACUUUGGAUGACGCUUUUCAAGUGGCUUCGACUGAAAGCUGUGCACCCAAUACUGCUGGCUCUUAUUCUGAGUAUGGCAGUUCCCACUAUAAUUGGAUUCAGCUUGUGGAAAGAGUUUUUCCCUAGAAUAAUGACAGAGCUUACAGAACUGCAAGAAUUCUAUGAUCCUGAUACAGUAGAACUUAUGACAUGGAUAAAACGGCAGGCUCCUGUGGCUGCAGUGUUUGCAGGCAGCCCACAGCUCAUGGGUGUGAUUAAGCUCUGUACAGGAUGGAUGGUGUCAAGCUUGCCUUUGUAUAAUGAUGAUGAUCUUCUGAAAAGAAAUGAGAACAUUUAUCAAAUCUAUUCAAAGAGGUCAGCUGAGGAUAUUUACAAGAUACUCACAUCUUACAAAGCCAACUUUCUGGUUAUUGAAGAUUCAAUUUGCAAUGAAGUGGGACCUGUAAGAGGAUGUAGAGUUAAAGAUCUGUUGGAUAUUGCUAAUGGUCAUGUGGUUUGUGAGGAAGGUGACAACUAUGCCUACUCAAAAUAUGGACGAUUUUGUCAUGAAAUCAAAAUGAACUAUUCUCCAUAUGUGAAUUAUUUCACUCGAGUAUACUGGAAUAGAUCCUACUUUGUAUAUAGAAUCAACACUGUGAUAUCCUUCCAGUCAUGAAAAAGCAUGCAAGCUUCUUUCUAAGGAUUGAUCGUGAAUGAAUUUCAGUUGGAAAAGUUCCUUUUGAGCAAGGAAGUUUAUUUUUGCAGAUAGAUGUGCACACAUGCAGUGUACUGACAAUUUUAUUCUACCAAACUGAAAUUCUUUGAUCUACAGAUCAGCAGACACAUACACCAUCCUUGAAGGAAACGGGAACAUUUAUCAGUUUUACAGGCUCUAUAAUGUGUUACAGUCUUCCAUGUUUUUACAUUUUUCUUCCCAUUAUAAAUCAUCUUAAUCUUCAUGUAAAUGAGAUUUCUGACUUUUGUGUUAGAGAGUUGGUAUGCGUAGACUUCAGUAAAUACAGCAAAAUUAUUUUAGGAGCUCAUUUAAGUCAUAUAGCUUUUAAUUUUUAGCAGGAAAGCAAUCACUAUCCCAAGUCUUUUCAAGUAAGUGUUUGGAUUUUUAGUUUGGGGUUUCUUUUGUUUUAAUUCUUCCUGUCUUCCAUGGUAAACAUUCCUGUGUUUAUCAAAUACACAUUUAUACAUCUUCCACGUAGUUAUAUUGUUUGUAUAAAUCAAAUAAGGAAGAUUUUACUUAAACAACACUUCCACAGAUUAAGGCACUGAUCUCUACAGUGUUGUCUCUGUUGUCUACAGAGACAUGUUGGUGGAAAUGCUAGGAAUUAGACCUAACAAUAGGAGCUGACAAGCUGAGAUCUUCAGUUUGGAAAGAACUUGUUUUCAACAUUUUUCCACACUUAAGUGUGUAUGUAUGUAUGCAUAAGUGUGUCUUUCUUAGCAGCUACCAGAAUGGGCCAGUAUACCACAGUAUGCCAUACUUGUUUUCAGUCAGGUGUAGCAGGACAACCAGGUUUGCUAUUGAGACUUCUGCACUUCAGUUUCACCCUGUCUGUGUGCUGGUGUGUGUGUGUGUGUGUGUGUGUGUGUGUGUGUGGAGGGAUGGGUGAUACUCAUUUCAUUCAACUUAUUAUGCAAUAGGUAUAUUAAGAUAGUGCCAUAACUGUCAUUUAAAACACUAUAAUCACCACCAUUAGUAAAUAAUGGUACAGAUGUUUAUAGCUAUUUUUAUAUCAAUUAUGCAAAUACACAGAUUCUUGAAAAUUUGGGAAAGUACUCUGCAGUUUUGCUUCCCUCUAAAAUUUGUCUUUAUUACAUGACCCUCUUUGCCUCUACAACUCCUUUUCUUAACAAAUUAUCUGUUCAUCCUGUUUGUUGCUGGCUGAUAGACUUUCAAGAAAAUGAAUGAUGUUUUAAUUACAACUCUGGGCCUAAACCUAGUGAUGAGAGUGGAAACUCCAAUAAAAGGCAACAGUAGCAUUGCUUAAUGUAGGUGUAACUGGACAAAAAGCCAGCGCUAAGUUUUGGAAGAAGUUGCUCACCCCUUAGGAGUUACCUGCAGUUACAAACUAACGUAACACUUGGCCCAGAGACCAGUCUAUUAGGCAUGUGGGAAGGAUCCUUUGGAGCACAGAUGUCUUUAAUGAAGGAUCUGGCAAAAUAGGAUGAACCCCCAGCUGAAAAUUCUGCAAACCAUUCUGCAAGUGGAAGCUGCAAAACAAUCCUUAUGGCAAAUUGGAGAUUUUAACUCUGAAAUUAUUAGGAACUGCAGCAUGUUGUUGUAUGUGCAUGAUUCUUCUCUGCUUAUGCAGAUACACUUGCUUACUUUACACUGACACAUAGUGCUGAGAUUUUUUAAAACUGUUACCACUUUUGGAGUGAUUUAAAGGAAAAAAGCUUUAUUGUUGUAAAAGCCAACAUGUCUGUAAUUUGGUUUUUACUUUCGGUUAUAUUUUUAGGCCUACAAGUCUUGACAAAAAUUACACAUUUUGUUUGAAACCCAUGUUCAGAUAAAUCCAUUGAAUUAUGGGAUGUUGUCACUGAGAAACAUCCAUAUAACUGAGUUACAAGUUACAAGUAAAUAUCCUUUCUGGGCAUACGGGCAUUGUGUUUGGGAUAGUGUGUGCCUGUGUGUCUGCUGGAGUGCAGGCUGCAUUUAUUUGCUUGUGCACAAGUGCAUGUUUUACUGCACUGGGCUGUUCCAGACUGCUCAAUUACCAUAUACCAACAGAAGUUUGUAUAUUAACUUGAGCUAUGGCAGGCCUGCAGGAACUCCCUCUGUAUGUGUGGGUAUAGAAGUAGUAUUUGGAAGUAAGUUUAGAGUUCCUUUUUCAACUUCAAUUUGUUUGAGUCACUGUCAAGGAAUUACAUGUCUGUGUGUCGGUCAUUUAAUCUCUUGAAGUUAGUAAUUCAUGAAUAUCACUUCAUAUCAGCAAUAAGGCAUCCCAGGUGCAAACUUCAGGGUUACAACUGUACUUGGGUAGAUGAGGUCGCAGAGCUUACGGCUUCAUGCCUUAGACUGCCAUGCCAAGAUGCAACAUUCAACUGUCCUUGACUGCCUGUUGUGUUUUACUGUAAUGUUGUGCGUGUUACCACAUAGAAUAUAGUUUGAACACCUACAUGUAGAGCACACAUAUUAAGAAAACCACAAAUGAGGCUACCCACACAUCUAAACAAAACUGUCUUGUAGCACAUUGGCCUUUAUACAUGUUUAAAUGAACGAGUUGAACUUUAUUUGAACUGUGACUUAGUUAUUGCUAUUAGUUUUGUCAUAGUUUUUAAGAUGUAUUCUUGAUACUUCAAUUGAUUCUGCUUUAGGAGAAUCAUUUAAGAUUUUUACCUUGCUUUUUAUAUUAGAGAAAAUUAUAUUGCAGCACUGUUGGCACAGCAGCCUUAAGUAACAGAAGGAGCCUUUUAUUUGGGAGAACAUUGUGGUUGUCCUGUAAAAAGGCAUAAUUGAAAUGAGUGAAUGAAAGAGUCAUAUCUUAUAAAGAAAGUGAAUUAAUUUCUUAUCCAGCUAUGGACUAGCAAAAAUGCUGUCUAAUCUCCAGCUUCUGUGAAAAAUACUAAGUUCCAGUGAUAUCCCUCAGUGGGACAACAAUAGGGCAUAAUUACGCCAGACCUGUGCAGAAAACCCUGGCUUGGUUUUCAAACAGAUCACAGGUUUAACUCCCUGAAGGGUUGUGGGAAAGUUUUACAAAUUUUGAUCUGCUUUGCUGUAGAUGUUGCAAUUUGGUUGAAACAUGUGCCUUGCAAGCUUUUAUUAAACAAACAAAAACCUCAA